UGAAAGAGGAGGAGGAUGUUACAGUAAAAGAAGAGGAGGCAGAGAAAGAGGAGGAUGCAGUUUUUGUAGUGAAAGAGGAGGGGGAGAUGACUGUCACAUCGAAGGAAGAAGAGGAGGUUGAAGAUAAGUUUAACACCAGAGAGAGAAGUGACUAUCGAGGAUCCUCUGGGGAGCCUCAACAACCUCAUGAUGCUGACAAGGCAAAGAAAAGUCUAUCCAGAUCAAAACACCAGCAGAGACCCACAAGGAAGAAAACUCAUCGCUGCUCUGACUGUGGGAAGAGUUUUGUUUCUUCAGGACAUUUAAAAUCACACCAGAGAACACACAUGGGAGUAAAACCUUAUAGCUGUGCUCAAUGUGGGAAGAGAUGCACUCAGUCAACAGACCUUAAAAAACAUGAGAGAAUACAUACAGGAGAGAAACCUUAUAGCUGCUCUGACUGUGGAAAGAGUUUUGUUUUUUCAGGACAGUUAAAAUCGCACCAGAGAACACACACGGGAGAGAAACCUUAUAGCUGUGCUCAAUGUGGGAAAAGAUUCACUCAGUCAACAGACCUUAAAAAACAUGAGAGAAUACAUACAGGAGAGAAAUCUUAUAGCUGCUCUGACUGUGGACAGAGUUUUGCUUAUUCAGGACAGUUAAGAUUACACCAGAGAGCACACACGGGAGAGAAUCCUUAUAGAUGCGCUCAAUGUGGGAGGAGUUUUACUCAGUCAAGCAGCUUGAUAGUACACCAGAGAACACACACCGGAGAGAAACCUCAUAGCUGUGAUCAAUGUGGGAAGCGUUUUGUUACAUCUAGCACUCUGACUAAACACCAGAGAACACACACGGGAGAGAAACCUUAUAGCUGUAAUCAAUGUGGGAAGAGUUUUUCUCAGCCAAACGGCCUGAUAGUUCACCAACGAGUACACACAGGAGAGAAACCUCAUAGCUGUGAUCAAUGUGACAAGAGAUACUCUGAUAAAAGAUCUCUGAUCAAACAUUGGAAAAUACAUACAUGAAGGAGUUGUUUCAUGAUAUCAAUGAAUUAAUGUCACAAUGUAGGAUGUACAUUUAAAUGCAUAUCACCCCCAGAUGUAGCUGACUGUCUUCUGCAAGUUGUCCUCUAAUCAGUGAGGUAGAAUAUAUCUCCCAUUUCCAUAUGUUUUUUUAAAGUUGUGUUAGUUUCAACAGCACAUACAACCGGAUUUCCCCCCUAAUUGAUAUCAGUGAUUUAUUGUGAUUUAUGCAGCCAACUGACAUUUUGGGGUACAAUUAUAUUAACAUUGUUGCCCUGACUUUAGAAUAUCAGGUUCAUGUAUCAGGUUCAUUCUUAGAUGUGCCAACCCAAAUGUACAAGAGCAUGACAUUGGGGACUGGGCCCCGAUCCAACAACAUGUCUAUCGAGUGAACCCUGAAAAGAGAGAGAAGCUCCGCAGUUAGGUGGAAAGUUACUACGGAUAAUGCAGGCGUUUCCUCUUGAAAUCAGACAUGUCCGUGAUAAGGACAACUUGGUUGCUGAUUGUAUCAAGGGUGGGAAGUCAAAAAGAUUUGUAUUUUAUGUUCCAAGGGGACAAGAGUUCUAGAAGCUAGUGAGUUUUAGGAAGACGAGAGUUCUAGAAGCUAGUGGGGAAAAAAGUACAUUUUUUUCUUGUUUUUAAUUGUUGACAGCCAGUAGACACAAUGUUUAUAUUGAUGAAGCAUUGUAGUUGAUUUGUGAAAUGGAAGUUGUUUUCUGUUGGUGGUAAGCAAACCUGUCCAACAGAAAUAUAGGAUAUAUUUGUUCUCUUAAAUUGUUCUCUUUUUCCAUUUAUGUUUUGAGGUUGGACGUUAGCACGUAGGAAUGGGGGAUACAUAGUCUGUUGUACAACUGACGAGGUGCACUGAUUGGUGUCACCUCGUUAGUCAGUAUGUGUUACACCUGUGCUGGCUUGUCCACCUUGUUAGUGGAAAGGUGUUUCACCUGAGCUGGUCCAGGUUCUAUUUAAGAGUGUCUGGCCCAGUGCUCUAGUUGUCUUGAUGGAUGUGGAGAGUCAACACAUUUAGUUGCUCCACGUUUUUGGUUUGCUUCCUGUCUGUAAGUUUGGUGUGGGUUUUUCUUUUGUUUGCCUCUUCUUGGCCAGAUUUAGUGGGUCUCAUGGUGGGUGUCUUUUAGGUCCCAGUUGUUGUUACAAGUCAACAUCCAGUGGACACCCCAUAGUGCCUUUCAAAAUCCCACCUGUUUAGUUUUGGUUGUUGUCAAUAACUCUUUGUUCCCUCUUCUAUGUAAGGGACAUUUGGUUUUCCUGUUGGGGAAUGUAACGACAAACAAUGGAGUAAAACGAGCUUCUAUUUUGGGUUGGAUGUUGUAUCCAAUUCUUAAUAUUUUAAUCAUUGUCUUUUAACUUAGAAUGUUCAUUAGUCUUUCAGUUUCUCAUUCUUUUUUUUAUCCUUAUGUUUGUUUCGUAUUAAAUAUUUGUUUAUUUUGAUUUGCUUUUUCCUGUGAAGACAUUGUGUUGCAUCCAUGUCUGAAAUGUGCUGUAUAAAUAAAGAUUGCUUUGAUUUGAA